AUGACUACUGAGGAAGUUACUAACACCAUAGUUCAUCCCGUCCCUAGCCGCCUUCUCGAUCCAAAGCAGUGCCCUACCCCUCAUGUCAGCUCUAUGGAACAAUAUCGUUCCAUGUGGAAAGAAAGUGUCGAAGAUUCUGACAAGUUCUUUGGAAACCUUGCUCGUGAUCUUUUGACGUGGGAUAAACCUUUUACCAAGGUAUCUCACGGAUCUUUUGAAACCGGAGACGUCGCAUGGUUUAUAGACGGUGAAUUGAACGCCUGCUACAAUGCUGUCGAUCGUCAUGCUUUGAAAAAUCCAAACAAGAUUGCUAUUAUCUAUGAAGGCGACGAACCUAGCAAUUUCCGUCACAUUAGCUAUGGCGAUCUUUUACGUGAAGUUUGCAAGAUGAGCAAUGUUUUGAAGAACCUUGGUGUCCGUAAGGGUGAUAAUGUUGCUAUUUACAUGCCCAUGAUUCCUGAGACCAUGAUCUCUAUUCUGGCCUGUGCUCGUAUUGGUGCUAUUCACUCUGUUGUCUUUGCUGGUUUCUCUGCAGAAUCAUUGUUGGAUCGUGUUGCUGACUGUGGUGCACAUAUUGUCAUUACUUCAGACGAAGGACGCCGCGGGGGUAAGAACAUUGCAACAAAGCGCAUUGUUGAUGAUGCAUUAAGUAAGGAAGAGAAGCACCAAGUAGAGCAUGUCAUUGUCUUUCAACGUACAGGAUCUGAAGUUUCCAUGAUGGAAAACCGUGAUUUGUGGUGGCAUGAAGAAAUGGCAAAGGCUCGCCCUGUUUGCCCUCAUGAACAUAUGAACGCUGAAGAUCCUUUGUUCUUGCUUUACACCUCAGGCUCCACCGGCGCACCUAAGGGUAUUGUUCAUACCACAGGUGGUUACCUCUUGGGUGCCGCUGCUACUGUCAAGUAUAUCUUUGACGUGCAUGAGGAAGACAUCUAUGCCUGUAUGGCUGAUAUUGGAUGGGUAACUGGUCACACUUAUGGUCUCUACGGUCCUCUUACUUUAGGUGCAACCACUGUCUUGUUCGAAUCAACACCUACUUAUCCUUCACCAUCUCGUUUUUGGCAAUUGAUCGAAAAACACAAAAUCACUCAAUUCUACACAGCUCCUACAGCCAUUCGUGCCCUUCAGCGCUUGGGUGAUCAAUGGCUUGACAACAUCGAUUUGAGCAGCUUACGUGUGAUUGGAUCUGUCGGAGAACCCAUCAAUCCUGAAGCUUGGAAUUGGUAUAAUGAAAUGGUCGGUAAGAACCGCUGUGCCGUUGUCGACACCUACUGGCAAACUGAAACUGGCUCCAUCAUUGUCAGUCCUCUUCCUGGAGCUAUCCCCACCAAGGCUGGCUCUGCCACCUUACCUUUCUUUGGUAUUGAGCCUGUAUUGUUGAACCCUGCAACUGGACAGGUCAUCGAAAAUGCCGAUGAAACAGGUGUACUUGCCAUUCGUCGUCCUUGGCCAUCUAUGGCACGCUCUGUUUUUAAUAAUCAUCAACGUUUCUUGGAAACCUAUCUCAAGCCUUAUCCUGGCUACUAUUACACUGGCGAUGGCGCCUCCAUGGAUAAGGAUGGCUAUAUCUGGAUUCGUGGUCGUGUAGAUGAUGUAAUCAAUGUCUCUGGUCACCGUCUUUCUACAGCUGAAAUUGAAGCCGCUUUAGGUUCUCAUCAAGCCGUUGCUGAAUCUGCUGUUGUGGGUGCUCAAGAUGAUUUGACUGGCCAAGCUAUUCAUGCCUUUGUUUCUCUUAAGCCUCACAUUCAAGUGAACGAAGGCCUCGACCGUGAAUUGGUUUUGACUGUUAGAAAGAUCAUUGGUCCCUUUGCCGCUCCUAAACGCAUUUAUAUCGUUCGUGAACACCCCAAGACUCGCUCUGGUAAGAUUGUCCGUCGUAUUCUUCGCAAGAUUGUGAAUGGUGAACAUCAUCAAUUGGGAGAUACAUCUACCUUGGCUGACCCUUCUGUUAUUCCUUCUAUUGUAUCUCAAGUACACAAAUAA